GUCAUUGACAUCUUCCAUUUGCCUUCGGCCGAGUUUGUGCCCCGAGUACCUUAGGGGCUUGUUCAUCUUUCAAAUAUCACACAAUGGCUUCAGCAAGAUCGAUUUUGAGGCCCUGUUGCGGCAUCGCAAGGAUUGGAGCCCAAAAUGCGUAUGCGCCGGGUGUUUGCAUCUCGCGCAGACAGCUAUCCGUCACUUCCAAUGCUCAGGCCGAAGCAACAGGCGCAGGAGCGCAGCCCCGACGAAAGCCCCUGACUCAAGAGCAGCGGGAGUUCUUGUCCUCAGCACUUCGAGUCAACCAAGCCGGAGAAUUGGCUGCCACCCGAAUCUACACAGCCCAGACUCCACCGAUCGUCAAUCGACACCCACACCUUCGACCUCUCAUGGCACACAUGUACGAUCAAGAAGAGGGCCACCUCAAUACCUUCAACGCCCUCAUCCACAAGCAUCGCGUUCGACCGACUGCGCUGUACCCUCUGUGGCAGCUCAUGUCCACUGGGCUGGGCUGGAGCACCGCAGUGAUGGGUCGCGAGGCGGCCAUGGCAUGCACAGAGGCCGUAGAGACGGAGAUUGGCGACCACUACAACAACCAAAUCAGAACUCUGAUUGAGAUGGUUACGGAGUGGGAAGCUGAAGACUACGAUGUCGGUCCUGAGUUCACCGAGCUCAUCAAGACGCUGCGGCGGAUCCGCGAUGAAGAACUAGAGCACUUGGACCAUGCUGUCGAGCAUGAUGCCAAGAAGGCAGAGCCGCACUGGUUGCUCACCGGCGUGAUUCGGGCGGGUUGCAAAGGCGCCAUCUGGGUGAGUGAAAAGGUGUAAUAAAGGCUGUAAUUUAACAAUGUGUACAAUACAUGUAAAAACAAGGGCCGAAGCCAUACGAAUAGAAUCAAUA